UCGUGCAGUCAAUUGGUAUCCCUAACACAGCAAAAAGGAGAAAAAGAAGUUCUUCUAGACUUUUUAGACAUAAUUAACGAAAACAAAAAUGCAAGAAUAUUCAAUGAUCACUGUUCUCUAAGAAUAUAUGGUGGUACAGAUGUAGCAAUCCAGUCAGUUCCCUAUCAGAUCUCAUUGCGAAGAGGCUUACUGGGUGGCAUGUAUUGGUUCUCUGGUUGUGGCGGUGCCUUGAUAACUUUAAAAUUCGUGAUGACAGCGGCGCAUUGUUUUGUAGGGCCUGACUUUCCCAAAAUCAAAAACAACAUACGAGCAGUGGCUGGCUCGACCAGAACCGACGCGAGCUUAUACACGAUGAUGAGGGAGCACUGGAGGCGGAUCAAACAUUAUUACCCUCAUAAACACUAUGAUCCCAGUACAUAUAUGCAUGAUUUAGCUAUCCUUGAGGUGAUGACUCCCUUUUUCUUAUCGGUUCGAGUGAAGCCAAUUAGGAUUCACUCAUAUGAAAUAAGACUUAAGAUGUCAGAAGGCAUGAACUGCCUUGUGACAGGCUAUGGGUACAUUUCAAAGACUAAAAGGGCGAGUAGACUUCAGAAGGUCUGCGUCCCUUUAGUAACAAGAUACAACUGCUCGUUCUACUACCAUCCUAAGUACCUGCACGACUCUGUGUUCUGCGCUGGGACCAAGGGCAAGGACAGCUGUAACGGAGACUCUGGUGGCCCUAUAGUAUGCCACGGGGUCCUAGUGGGGCUGGUCUCGUACGGGGGCGAGUGCGGGGUCGACCCUGGAGUCUACACGCGGCUGUCCAGCUACACCCAUGGCGAACCCAUACCGUUCAUCUUGAAGCAAGACAACGCCAGCAAUGGGAUCUCUCUCAACAGAAUCGUCCUUUUAUUCUUGCUUGCAAUAAAUAUACUGUAG